AACCGGAAGCUGCUGAUGAUGCCGGUUGUUGAUGUUUCUGUUGGCUGGGAAGGAGCUGGAAAAUGACUGAGAUUGUGGAGCGGACGCUGACAGCUCUUCCCGGGCUUCUCCUUCAGGACUCACCACCCGGGGCUGGCUCAAAACUAGGAAGUCUAAUCAAGAGCAUCACGGCGCUUAGUUCUAGACAGGAAGAAGAAAAAUUAAUUCAACAAGAACUUUCCAAUUUAAAAGCAACGGUUGCCUCUCCAAAUACAACUCUGAGACAGAUGAAAGAAUGCAUGGUUAGGCUCAUUUACUGUGAAAUGUUGGGGUAUGAAGCAGCUUUCGGAUACAUUCACGCCAUCAAGUUGGCCCAACAAGGGAAUUUACUUGAGAAAAGAAUAGGCUAUCUGGCAGUGUCUCUGUUCCUACAUGAAAACCACGAGUUGCUGCUGUUGCUGGUGAAUACCGUACUAAAGGACCUACAAAGCACCAAUCUUGUUGAAGUUUGCAUGGCACUCACUGUGGUCAGUCAGAUCUUCCCACGGGAAAUGAUUCCAGCUGCUCUGCCUCUGAUAGAAGACAAACUGCAGCAUUCAAAGGAAAUAGUAAGAAGAAAAGCUGUUUUAGCAUUAUAUAAAUUCUACCUGACGGCACCCAAUCAAGUUCAGCACAUCCACGAGAAGUUCCGGAAGGCGCUGUGUGACAGGGACGUGGGAGUUAUGGCCGCCUCUCUUCAUAUCUAUCUGCAGGUGAUCAAGGACAACCCGUCUGGCUACAAGGACCUAACAGGUUCCUUUGUUACUAUUCUGAAGCAGGUUGUUGGAGGGAAACUACCAAUUGAUUUCAGUUAUCAUAGUGUGCCUGCACCCUGGCUCCAGAUACAACUUCUGAGGAUCCUGAGACACUUAGGAAAAGAUGACUUGCGAUCCAGUGAAUUAAUGUAUGAUGUACUUGACGAGUCUUUAAGGCGAGCAGAGAUAAAUCACAAUAUCACUUAUGCCAUUUUGUUUGAGUGUGUGCAAACCAUAUAUACAAUCUACCCCAAAUCGGAUUUAUUUGAAAAAGCUGCCAAAUGCAUUGGAAAGUUUGUUCUUUCUCCAAAGAUCAACCUUAAGUAUUUAGGACUCAAAGCUCUCACAUUUGUUAUUCAGCAGGAUCCCAACCUGGCACUUCAGCAUCAAAUGACUAUAAUCGAAUGCUUAGAUCACUCUGACCCCAUCAUUAAAAGAGAGACACUGGAACUGCUGUAUAGAAUAACCAAUGGUCAGAACGUCACUGUGAUAGUUGAGAAAAUGUUAGAUUACCUGAAGCAGAGCAAAGAUGAGUACACAAUAGUCACUUUUGUUGGGAAGAUUGCAGACCUUGCUGAAAAAUAUGCCCCAAACAAUCAGUGGUUUAUCCAGACCAUGAAUGUGGUAUUCUCUAUUGGAGGAGAUGUGGUGCACCCAGAUAUUCCUCACAACUUCCUCAGGCUCCUGGCGGAAGGUUUUGAUGAUGAAAAGGAAGAUGGCCAUUUGAAACUUUAUGCAGUUCAGUCUUAUCUUGCUUUGCUGGAGACAGAGAAUGCAUAUUAUCCUCAGCGCUUCCUGCAGGUUAUCAGCUGGGUGCUAGGAGAAUAUGCCUAUCUGGCAGAAAACAGACCUAUGGAGUCUGUAAUGAGAAAACUAUUUGCCAUUCUUCAACAACACUCCGUUACCUCUGAAACUAAAGUCUGGAUUAUGGCUGCAGUCACAAAAUUGGCUGGUCUUAAUCCGCGUUCUUCAGUGGCUGAGGAAUUAAUUCAGGAAUAUAGCACCUGUCUGGACCCAGGCAUGAGGCAGCAUGCUUGUGAGUUAAAAGCACUGCAGGAGGACAUCACACUCAUGCAGAGACUGUUCCCACUCAACUCCAGCUGCAAAGAGUUAAUGGUGGAUGCUUCUCUCUCCUUCUUGGAUGGAUAUGUAGCGGAUGCGCUUGGUAAAGGUGCAGCGCCCUACAAACCUCAUCACCAACGGCAGGAGGAAAAAAUGUCUAGAGAAAAAGCCCUGAACUUGGAGCCGUAUGGUAUGUGUUUCUCUGGCUUGCCUUCUGUUGGUGCUGCUGAUGGGUAUUCACCUUCCGCAAUCUCUGUCGUGUCUGGGGUCUCCGGGAACAGUGCAGAAACUGGGCAAAAGGAAGAAAGUCACCUUAAGCUUCGUGAUGUGAAGAAACUGUGGGGAAAGGAAGGUUACCUCUUGAAGAAGGAAAAUAAAGUGGCUAAGCCUGAGCAUAUUUCUCCACCCGUGGAGAGUGAUAUUUCAUUAGGUGAUGAAGAGAAGCCCCCAGGAAAUCCCUCUGACCCGUUGACUCCAUCCUUGACUGAAGAAGAGAAGGAACGGCAGCAGUUGGCCUCCACGUUGUUUGUGGGACUUGGUUCCAAUGCUGUCAGUCUGAUGGGUAAAGCAGAGCAAACCACACAGAAGUUUAAAAGAAAAUCGAAAGCUGGUGGAAAUAAAGUCUCUGACAAAGAAGAAUGUCUCGGUAACUGGUCACCCUCCUUGUCCCCUGCUGGUGGUCUGAAACACACGCAGCAGAUGUUAGGUAGUUCUAAAUUAUUAUUACCCUCGGAAGAAUCUCCGUACGGACUAGAGGAAGAUGCAGUUGGCGGGAAACUCACAUCUAUGUUUGCGAACACCAACCUGGAUGUCAUUUUACCUUCAGAAUCCUCAACUCUUGGCCAUGACUUGCUGCUAACACCUACAUUGCCUCCAGAGCUCUCUCAGUACCCGCACUCAGCAAUCACAGAGAUCGUGGGUAGUAAAUCGCUGACAAUGCACUUGUGUAAAAUAUGGAAAGCUGACAGUCUGCUGCUUUCAUUUUGCUUUGUGAAUAAGACACCUUUGAUAAUUAAAAAUAUCAGAUUGACAAUGGAAGAGUCUCCAAAGCUUAUGGUUUCUCGGAGUCUUCUUUGCCAAGUAUCACAGCUAGAGGCACACAGUUUGCACUAUUGCUCGGGUAGCGUACAGAUGUCCCAACCAUGCACCAAAGAAGCUUUAACCGGCUGCCUCAGUUAUCGCACACAACAGGAGGGGGAUCAUCAACUCAACUUCUCUGUAGAUUGUGUUCUGAAAGAUUUUAUCAGGCCGUUAAGGAUUUCCACUGAAGAGUUCGGCAAAACAUGGCUCUCUCUUUCUAAUGAUGUGAAACGAGUAAUAAAGAUAAAUCCUGUCCGGGAGUCUCUGUCUGGAGUUCUUCAUAUCUUGCAGAAGAAACUAAAUCUUCAUGUUGUGGAAGUUGUAGGUGAUGAAGGAAUUGCUGCAUGCCAACUGCUCCAGUUAGCGCCUUGUCUCUUGCACUGCUGCCUCCAAGAAGGAAUAUUGACUUUAUGGUGCAGAUCCCCGUCUACUGGCAUACCAGAAGAAUUAGUCCACCAGUGCCAGAAAGAACUAGAGGAGCUCUACAGAUAGAAGUGAGAUACUGUCAGUUGGCUCGCAAAGUUUACAUGGCUGUACCGAUUGUUAC